CCGAAAUCAAAGUCUUACGUACUCAGAUAUGAUUACCAAUCCAGUUCUAUGAGAUCGCGUGAUGCCGACGUUAACAGCUGAUAAUGACAGCGUAGCAAUUUUAGGUUAGGUUCGGUAUUUAUUUAUUUGGGAUUCUGAAAUUCUUUAUUUAAAAUAGAUUUGGAUACAAAAAAGCGUAUAUCUGAUGGAAUUAAGUGAUCAUCGUGCAUAAUUUCUGGAAAUCAAAAGAAAAUGCCAACAAAAGUGACAAUUGUACCACCCUUGUACAAGCGAAUUUUAUCCAAAUUUCCGCAAAAUUUUAGUUUCUGUUUUGCGUAUGGGUCUGCCGUAAAGAAGCAGCUGGAAAAUAGGAAAGGUAACAUGAUAGAUUUGAUAUUUUCUGUCAAUAAUCCUGCUUUGUGGCACGAAGCAAAUUUGCGAAAAAAUCCGUCACACUACAGCGCCCUGAAAUAUCUUGGACAUGAGUUUGUAGCCAACUACCAAGAGCAUUUUGGUGCUAAGGUUUAUUUCAACACCUUGGUACCUAUAGACGGAAUAUGGAUAAAAUAUGGUGUCAUAGCAACCAAAGACUUGGAGACAGAUUUGCUGGAGUGGUCAGAUUUAUAUUUAGCAGGCAGACUGCACAAACCAGUCGAGAUUAUCAUGAAACCGUCCAGCUCAGAAUUAGAGACAGCCUUGCAGCUAAAUUUACAAUCCGCAGUUCAUGCUGCCCUCUUGAUAUUGCCCGCCUCUUUUACGGAAUACGACUUUUACCAUACAGUGUCGAGUUUGAGUUACACUGGAGAUUUUAGGAUGACAUUCGGCGAAAAUAAAAAUAAAGUUAAGAACAUUGUUAAGCCGCAACUGUUGAGCUUUAGGAAUUUAUAUAGAGACUUUAUUUUGACUCUGCCGGAUUAUGUGGAGUUUUCCGCUUUUUCCGAAGAGAGAAAACAUUCUACGGAAGCGGUAAAAUACGAUGAACCCGAUCCAAAGCAACCGCCAAUGUAUUGUGCCCAAGAUAAAAGUUCUAUGGCAAAACUGCAUCAUUUGAAUCAAUUGCCGAGGUGGCCCCAAAAAGCACUAACAAGGUUUUGGAACAAAGGGACGUGUAGGCAAGAUACCGAGGAUGUUUUAAGGGCGCUAGCUGUCGAUCCGGACUGUGGCGAGAUAGUCAAACAAUGCAUAGGUCAAAUUGUAUGGAAAUCCUCGGUGAGUCAGAGCUUAAAAGGAAUUUUGACAGCUGGCUUGGUGAAAAGUGUAAGAUACAGUAGCAGAAAGAUCCAGAAGAUGUUUUCAUAGCAGUAUUAGUUCAGGAUAAGACGCAGCUGCAGGAGAUGGUGUGUAAUUUUAUGAUGUUACUACUUUGGAACCAAGAAGUAGUGCCAUUGCCGGAUGGUAAAUUAAAGAAUGGAAUCGGUUGACUGAAGUGUAUGUACGAGAGAAUUAAAAAAAAUUAAUUUGGAAUUAAUGAUAAAUAUAUUUUUCCAGAAUUCACAAUACGGGUAAAAAUGUAGUCAUUACAUUGAGAAAGACACUGCAGACUAGAUCGUGCAUAUGUUGCGUGAUGUAUUUUAUAUUUAUUGAUUUUAGCUUUUGUAGAAUUUGUAUCAUUCCUAGUAUUAUACUAAAUAAAUUUUACUACUGUGUUGUAA